AUGAGCAAAACAUUGAUAUUUUAAUCAAUAAUGCUGGUGUGAUGUGUUGUCCCCAGUGGAAGACAGUUGAUGGCUUUGAAAUGCAGUUUGGUGUUAACCAUCUAGGACAUUUUUUUCUUACAAAUCUUUUACUCGAUAAACUGAAAGAUUCUGCUCCAAGCCGUAUCAUCACUGUCAGCUCUGUAUCACACAGCAAAGGGGAAAUAGAUUUGGAUGAUCUGAAUAGUGAACGACAAUACAGUAGAACACAGGCAUACGCUAACAGUAAACUAGCUAAUGUGUUAUUUACCCAGGAACUGAGUAAACGAUUAAAGUGGUUUCGCUUGCAGAGAUUUUUGCUUGGCACUAGUUUCUAUGGUGAAAUUAAUUUUUCAUAUCUCAAAAUGUUUCUCUGGGAUAUGGGAUGUACUGGUGUUACAGCAAAUGUUCUUCAUCCAGGUGUUGUUAAAACUGAGAUUGGUAGACACACAGGAAUGCACAACUCUGGAUUCACUAUGGCUGUUCUUGGACCACUAUUUUGGUUAUUUGUGAAAACACCACAACAGGGUGCCCAAACUACUAUAUAUUGUGCUGUUGAUGAAAAACUUCAAACGGUUUCUGGGAAAUAUUUUGUAGACUGCCAGCAGAAGAAAUGUGCUGCAAUGAAUGACGAUGAUGAAACUGCUAGGCGACUGUGGGAAGUUAGUCAAGUCAUGGUUGGUCAAUGCAAGACAGACACAAAUAAUAAUACAAAAAUGCCAAGCUGA